GAGCCUGGAGACAACUUUGCCGUGUGACGCGCAGGGAGGACUGCAGGGCCCGCGGCCCGGGGCUCCGCGCCGCCUCUGAGCGGGCCCGUGCUCCCCGGCGCUCCCGGCACCGCGCUCGCUCCGCUCCGCUCCGCCGCCCGCCCACCGGCCCGCGGCGAGGACGACCCGCCCGUCGCCGCCGCCGGCGGCCCUUCCUCGGCGCGAGGGCGAGGCGCUCAGGUGCGAGCGCGGGGCCCCGCCGCAGCGCCGCGCCAAGCCGCGGCAGGCUCCGCUCCGGGGGCCCGGGCGCCUUCGCUUCCGUCUCGGCCAAGUUGCGUCGACCGGCCCUUUCGCCACCUUCCCCGCUCGGCGACCGAGCCGCCGCUGCCGCCGCUUUCGCUUCACCCGAGCGGGGGCUGCGGGGCCCCGACGCGGAGAGGAUGGGGAGAAGGCUGCGGAUGCCGAGGCGCCCCGAGACGCCCGUGCGCCAGUGACCCUUCGGCCCCCGCCUAGCCCCGCGCGCCUCUCCGGCACCCGCGGCCCGCGGCGCCCCUUCCCCGCCGCGCGGGAACCCCCGCGGCCCGGCCGGCCCCCUCCCCCUGUGAGCCGGCGGCGGCCCUCCCGGCGGGCGGGCGGAGGCCCGGGCGGGCGCGGGCGCGGGCGGGGGCGGGGCGGGGCGGCGCGCCGGGAGCCCGGAGCCCGGCCCUGAGCUCGGCUCGGCUCGCCUCGCGGCGGGCGCCCUCGUCGCCAGCGGCGCACCAUGGACGGGCUGCCCGGUCGGGCGCUGGGGGCUGCCUGCCUUUUGCUGCUGGCGGCCGGCUGGCUGGGGCCCGAGGCCUGGGGCUCGCCCACGCCCCCGCCGUCGCCCGCCGCGCCGCCGCCGCCCCCGCCGCCCGGAGCUCCCGGCGGCUCGCAGGACACCUGCACGUCGUGCGGCGGUUUCCGGCGGCCCGAGGAGCUGGGCCGGGUGGACGGCGACUUCCUGGAGGCGGUGAAGCGGCACAUCUUGAAUCGCCUGCAGAUGCGGGGCCGGCCCAACAUCACACACGCCGUGCCCAAGGCCGCCAUGGUCACGGCCCUGCGGAAGCUGCACGCGGGCAAGGUGCGCGAGGACGGCCGGGUGGAGAUCCCGCACCUCGACGGCCACGCCAGCCCGGGCGCCGACGGCCAGGAGCGCGUCUCCGAGAUCAUCAGCUUCGCGGAGACAGAUGGCCUGGCUUCCUCCCGGGUCCGCCUGUACUUCUUCAUCUCCAACGAGGGCAACCAGAACCUGUUCGUGGUGCAGGCCAGCCUGUGGCUCUACCUGAAGCUGCUGCCCUAUGUGCUGGAAAAGGGUGGCCGGCGGAAGGUGCGGGUCAAGGUGUACUUCCAGGAGCAGGGCCCCGGCGAGCGCUGGGCCGCGGUGGAGAAGCGCGUGGACCUCAAGCGCAGCGGCUGGCACACCUUCCCGCUCACCGAGCCCAUCCAGGCCCUGUUCGCGCGGGGCGAGCGGCGGCUCAGCCUGGACGUGCAGUGCGACGGCUGCCGGGAGCUGGCCGUGGCGCCCGUUUUCGUGCACCCGGGCGAGGAGUCGCACCGGCCCUUCGUGGUGGUGCAGGCGCGGUUGGGCGACAGCCGGCACCGCAUCCGCAAGCGGGGCCUGGAGUGCGACGGCCGGACCAACCUGUGCUGCCGGCAGCAGUUCUUCAUCGACUUCCGCCUCAUCGGCUGGAACGACUGGAUCAUUGCGCCCACCGGCUACUACGGGAACUACUGCGAGGGCAGCUGCCCGGCCUACCUGGCGGGGGUGCCCGGCUCGGCCUCGUCCUUCCACACGGCCGUGGUGAACCAGUACCGCAUGCGGGGCCUGAACCCGGGCACCGUGAACUCCUGCUGCAUCCCCACCAAGCUGAGCACCAUGUCCAUGCUCUACUUCGACGACGAGUACAACAUCGUCAAGCGGGACGUGCCGAACAUGAUCGUGGAGGAGUGCGGCUGCGCCUGAGGGCGGGGCUCAGACGGUCCCGCGGCGGGGGGCACGCCGUGCGCGGCAGAGGGGGCGUGGCGGUGCCGCUGGGCUGCCCGGGAGGUGCCCGGGGGAGGCCUGAGAGAUUUUCCUGCCUCUUCAUCCAGCCGUCAGUCAAAAGAAGGGGGAGAACCCUCCACGGACAGGGCAGACUCGACGGUGCGCACGUGGACGCGCACAGCCGGGCGCACCCUGCCCCCCACAAAGCAGCCUCCGCGAUAGCAGCAAACGGAUGCGGUGACAGAGGGCAGCUCAGCCCCGAACGCCUGUCACCCGGAGAGUGGGGUGAGCAGGCAUCAUCCCCACCAGCUGGCCCGGCCACUCUGAAUCGCGCCUUCCGAGCACACAGAAGAGCACAAAGACAGAGACACAGAGAGCGAGAGAGAGAGGGGCAGGGGAGCCCCGCAGAGGAGCGGGCCGCGGGCGAUGGCCGCGUGUCCCCUUUUGCCUGUGCAAGGCCCGCCGUGCCUCGGCAUCUCUUGGCUCCAAUGCGUGGGCUUCGUCUCCCGGCCUGGCAUCCUUCCUGCUGCGGGAACCAGGGCAGCCCCCAUCCUUUCCCACCCUUGGAGAGGGAAGGAGGCCCAGAAAGGACAUGACCUGCCGGAGACGGUGGGGCCGUGGCAGUGACCAUUUGACUGUUGCUUGGGUCCCUGGCUUGACUUCUGUGUGUGUGUGUGUGUGUGUGUGUGUGUGUGUGUGUGUGUUUUGGGGGUGGGGAGGGAGGGAGAGGAGAAGGGUCUUAAUUUGAUGCUUUAACUGAUCACUAGCAGUUGAAUGGUCAUUCGUUCCGGUUGUAUAAUUGAAAAGGGACUUUCCUACCAGGUCUGACCUUUUAAGUUAAAAUCUGAAUUGUUCCAAGUGGAAAGAAAAAAGUUGCAAUCUGUGCCCUUCCUUGGGGAGAUUCCUCUAGGACCGGUUGGGGAGGAGUGGAAAUGACUCUUAGGCAAGUGGGGGUGAGCUCUUAGGAGGAGGGAACGGUGGGGUGAAGGCAUUCUGGAAAUGCUGGGGGCGGGGGGUUGCCCCCUCAGCAGGGGGCGAGGGAGCACAGCAGUUUAACUGGCCUUGGGGAAAUGGGGAGGCUUUCAGCUGCUUUGCAGAAGUGGCCCACGUGGGCCACGGCCACCUGCGCCGGCCCCAGAUGUGGCCCCCGCCUGCUCGCCCGCCCGCCCGCCUGCCCCUCCUAGCACUUGCACACCCGCCUGAACGCACAUGAUACAGCCCUUGCUUAUCCGCGUGUGUCCUGAAGUGGCCCUUGGUGGAGCACUGAGCUUGCUCACCCCCAGAGGUCCAAGUGCCACGUGAACUAUGCAAUUUAAAGGGUUGACCCACACUAGACGAAACUGGACUCGUACGACUCUUUUUAUAUUUUUUUAUACUUGAAAUGAAAUCCUUUGCUUCUUUUUUAAGCGAAUGAUUGCUUUUAAUGUUUGCACUGAUUUAGUUGCAUGAUUAGUCAGAAACUGCCAUUUGAAAAAGAAGUUAUUUUUAUAGCAGCAAAAAAAAAAAAAAUACAGUUAAAUGUAUUAUACAUAAUUUUGGAACCAAAGAGGCCAACAGAUCAGUUUUAAUUUUUAUUAGAUGGU